CGUUUCGAGUAGUAUCUUUUUGCUGCUUGGAUACACAAACAUGGUGGAUGGCCCAAAUUUAGAUUGUUUGUGGCUCUUUUAUAAAUACUAAGGCUUUCACUCAUAGGCUUGAUUUUGUUGUCUUAUGAUGUAGUUAUUUAUUUUGGAACUCUGUUAGCCUAUGGAUCAGCCUAACUCUUCCAAUUCUACUCUAAAGACCCUUGUAUCAGCCGGUGGGAACACAGAGUUGUUAGAGCCUGGGGAUACAGAGGUGUUUAUCACAGAAUCAGAUGGAGUAUCUCACUUAGGAAUCCAGUCACCUGAUGUCAUCAGCAUCACUGUAUCAUCAGAGCCACCAUUUAAUAAUGGAGCCGUAUCAACCAGUAACCAAAAACCUAAAUAUAUGGAAGCAAUUGAAAAUGAAUCCAAAGGUGAACAAAUUGGUAAAGGAGACCAGCAUGCUGUACAACCAGUACAGAAGGCAAAAGAUUUUCAGAUUCCAGAGGGAUGGCCAAGACUUCAUGAAAUGAUAUUUAAAAAGAGGGCACUGUUCUUUCGCAAACCUGCUUCUAAUAGUGUCAACAGAGCUGCAGAGAACCUUCACAAAUUGCAGGAACGCCUUGAGGAAUGGAGUAAAGAAGUUGAACUUGAGAUUUUCAGUCGUAAGUCUAGCGUUAGUCGGGCAAGUAGCAAGGUGCCUGAGCUUGUUACACCUAGGAAACCAACUGAUGACAGAGCAUCAAGGCGGAUAAGAUUUGCAAGUCGCUCAAAUCACUGUGAUGCAUCUUCUUCAACAUCAAGUAGGACAGUUCCUGAUGGGCUAAGCUCUUCACUGGUGUCGGUUCCCAAUGAGGCCAUUAGUAGAGAUCUGUCAAUUCAAGGAAUUGGAGCAAUUAUGAUGCAAGAAACCAAAGAUGCUGAACCAGUUAUUGAAGAGGAAGAGGUGCCAAAUAUUGGAGCAGAAGUAGUAAUAGAUGAAGUUGUGACCCUGUUAGGCCGACUUGAGACUGACCGUAUGGAUACUGAAAAGACAUUUUAUAAAGAGAAACAAAGGGUUAUCUGGCUCCGGGAACGGAUUGACAAACUAGCCAAUCAUAGAAUGCAAGAGCUGCCAAAGGCUGUUCAAAAUGAACAUGAAGCCUGUUCAUUGGAUAUCAGCGAAUUAAAAUGGCAUUGUGCAUACCGUAAUCGGCAACAAAACCGCAUCCAAGGUCGUGUGGAAGUUUCACAGACACUAAAUGCACGACUUAAGGAAGACAUAAGCUUUGUGACAAAGCAUUGCCCUCUUGUUGAAGAAAAGCUGGAGCUUGAGAGAGGUGCCAUGGCAUUGAUUGAUAAUGCUCAAGAACAGACUACUAUAGAGUUACAGAAAACAGAAGCCAAGUUGAAACGUACUCAAGAUAAAUCAGCGGAGGCCCAUGGGAAGGCUAAUAUGGAACGCGCUCAUAUCAAGAAAGAACUAGAUUCAGUUCGAGAUGCCUUGAGAGAGAUAAAUCUGGAGCUGGAUGAAGCAAAAGCCUUACAUUUAACUUACUCCCAUCACUGCAAUGACUUGAGGGUAAAGAUUGAUGCUAACAAACAGGAAAAAAUAGUGCUGGAAACAAAAAAUCAAAAUGCAAAAGCAUCAGAAAAAAUGACAACCAAAAAGGUGAAGAAAAUACAGGAGAAAAUAGUAGAUGCAGAGUAUGAGCACAGAAAGUUAUCUGAUGAUAAUUACACUAUUAUUAACAAAAUUGAUGAAACGAAAAAGAAGAUUGAAAAGGUAUGCGAAGGGAAUGAGAAGUUGGAGAAAGAGACGUUACAACAGCUACGACAUAUGCAGCAAAGAUCAAAGGAACUACUAAUGGAGAAUGAAGACAUCAGAGAAAAACUGAGAGGAAGUGACAAACAGAAAGUUGCAAAUACCAAAAAUUCUGAGAGGAUAAGACGAGAGUUUGAAAAAGUUGACACUCAACUGAAGGUAGUUGAUGAAGAGUUUGAGAAAAUCAAAGUGAUUCACACAGCAAUGAAAAAUAAACUCUCAGGAGAGGAGGACAAGGCUAGGCUGACUGAAGACAACCUUCAGGGAACCUCCGAUACGCUAAGGAAACAGCUUAAGGAAGAGACUCACUCUAGAACCGUCCUUCAAGCCAGAAUAGCAUCUGACACAACUGACCUGCAGAAGCAGCGUGUGGAGGCAAGAAAGAAGAAGGCAAAGGUGUCCAAGAAGGCUACAGAGCUAGAAAAUGCAGUUGCUGUAAUUUUAGCUGAAGUAAAAGAACUUCGUCAGAUGCACUCUGAAAAAGUUCAGGCCAACCAGAGACUGCAAGCAGCCAUUGCCAAUUCAAAGAAGCAAACAUUGGAUGUCAAUGAAAAUCUGAAAAGUACCAUUGGUAGGCUCAAGCCAAAUAAGAAAAAAUUGGAGACUGAGAACCUAAACAAAGCAAAGCACUUGGAUCAUAUGCAAUAUCGCACAGACCUCAUAAAUAACAAGCUGGAUGAAAUGGAGCAGUCUGCCAAAUAUAUGAAUCGGGUCAUCACUACUACAGAGGAUGUUAUUUGCGAAUUAGCGGAGGAGAUGAACGAGAUAUCAAUCAAAUUGGAGACGGGCCAGAAGAUGCAAGAUGGUUUGAAGUCAUCUCUGGAUGACAUAUCUCAGCAGAUAGAUGAUCGUAAAACUCGUCAUGGUGAUCAUAUGAGAGAACGUCACAAAGUGCUGUAUGACCUUGAAAUCCAACUUCAUGGGAGAUUAACAGAAAACAAAAAGCUGGCGUCGGAGUACCGUGCUAAACAACAACGAAUGUACAGCAUUAAGAGCAAACUAAUGAACCACUUUGAAGAUCGAAUCAAGAUGGAAUCAAGUCUCAAAGACCAUAAACAGUUAAAUGGACUACAAACUCGUUUACACAACAUGCUGAUCCAAUACUACAAAAUUCGUGGCAUGUACAAUGAAAAUGAGCUUGCCCGCUUUGAAGAAAUAUCCGCUAUUAACUCUAGCCGAAUCUUGGAUAUCAAGGAAGAUAUGGACACAUGCAUUUCAACUAUCAGUAAAUUCUUGCUGGAUCAAGUUGACGGAACAGCUGCGAAGAUGGUCACUGCUGCAGCUAGAGCAGUCUUCCAAGAUGAGAAGCCAAAUGAAGCUGUUGCAACACAUUGAAACAGUUUUCCUCCUUGUUGCUUAUUGAGUAUAAUAAACUAUACUUAUAUCUGAAGGUUGAUAUUAUUUAUUAAAAGCUUUAUUUUGUGUAUAAUAAUCAUAAGACUUGUUUUAUAAGACUUAAACUUUAUUGUUUUUUUAUUAUACAUGUUUAAACUAAGUUCAUCUGUAGAUUUUGUUUUAUGAUUAUAAAUAUCUAUAAUUUAAUUGAAAGAUUUAGUUUUGAAAUUUAUAAUUAUUAAAAAUAUAAUAACCCUAGAUAAUGUAUUCAUUGUCAGUGGUUGCAACACUUGAUAAACUGCUUAUUGAAUAAUAGUAAUGUUUUGAUCUACAAGAGACUGAACCAAAUUUCACUUGCACCUGUAACAACAAUUUUAUAGUCCUUAAAUUUAGACUACCAACAAGCAGUCGUAGUCAGAAUGACUGUUAGCGGUGUACAGAAAAUAUGAAUAGGUGUAAUUUUGCCCUACCUGACGUGGAAAUGUACCGAAUACUCAGUACAUUUGAAAACAACUGCGAAAAAAAUCGCAAGUUGUUCUCGGGUGGGACUCGAACCCACGAUCUCCAGAUCACUA